GUCGUAACGAUGCACAGGUCGGGAAAUGGAUGCUACCAGAGGCAUUGCAGUGAGUCCAACAAUAGUUUCUUCUAUCUAUUCCAAAUUGUAUUCAUUCUUUCAGUUAUGUACGAUGGGGGAUUUCAGGUUGCAGGAAUCCAUCCGGACUGCAUGUGCUCUACGAAGCUCGUGCGGGCGACAAUACACGCGUUCGUCCCGGAAACCGUGUGUCACGUGAAGCAACCCGUGGAUGAAGUCGAAGGGAGAGGUGAGAGUUUCAGAGGAAAUGACGAAGUUACGCAAACGCAAAUCGGAUCGUCGCGGAUGACGACGACGGAGAAUGGGAACGAUAUGGAAUGCUGCCCUUGCAAGGACAAGGACCAGUCUACAAGUAGGAGCGUUGUAGAAGAUGGGAUGAAUAACAUCUACGAAAACAAGAACUACGAUGAGGGCACGUCGACGGGAUCGCUGCAAAUGCAAGUGAGGACGAUGUGCGACUGUUCGAGAGUAAACUGUCCGAACCGGAGGAAUCGAAACGGAGGUGGUACUACGGCCACCGAUAUUGAUCGCAGAGGGGAGAGUCGUUCGAUGCAUCAGCAAUCAACAUCACAGGUUUACGCAGAUGAGAGACGCAACGGUUUACCGACGGAGCGCGUCUGCUAUUCGGUGUGCAAGACGCCGUUCAGUUCCAGACACAGCGAGAUCCAUCAGCAGUUCGUGAGUCAGAAAGGUCGCCAGCAGAGGAGCAGGGCUUCACCGCCGAGCAUGCGCGACGUCGGCCUGAACUACGACCCGGAGGACGACGAUUUCCUCAGCAAGCGAAGGACAGGCUUCUCGUCCACCCGCAGCAAUAUCCGCAUGCAGGACACGCAUACCAACACCUCGGCGAUCUUCCGAAACACCUGCUGCCAGCAAUCAAAGUGCGGCUGUUACGAGGCGGCCAUGCAGAUCGCCGCAGGAUAUGCGCCGCCGCCGCCGCCUCCUUCGAACGGAAAACGGAAAAGGAAUCAAAAUAUGAUGGACGAAGACGACGACUUUUACUACGACGAUCGCGCUCCCUACGAAGAUUACCGUCGGCCGCAGCAACAAGUUUCGAUCGUACAAACACCAUCAUUCCGGCAGGUCUAUCAAGAGGAUGAGGGGGGACCGCCGUACCUGGACCCCGAAGAGGAUUGGUGGCUGGAGCAGGAGAUGAAAAAGAAGGAAAAGAAAGAGAAAAAGAAGCAGCAGAAGAAACAGAAGAAGGGCGGUUGCGUCAUACUGUGAAGAAACGGCCGUCCCGUCGCCCGCAAAUCAAUUAAUCGUCAAUA